AUGAAGCGCAAAGUCAACCAUAAUCGUUUCCGCAAUGGGACAGCAAAGGUUAUCCAUGCGGUCACCUGUUUGGAGGAAAGAGCCCUUGAUCAGGUCAUACAACUUGUUAACACUAAUCCUGCUGACUUCUUUUCCUCCGUCACCUUCCUCGUCGCUUUCAUGGAUCGACUAGUGGAUAUACGGGAUUACGUUGCGUCGUCAUCCACACCAUACGACAUAUCCACCCCCGACCCACCUGUACCGGCCCCACCCAACGAUGUAGAAGGAUUCAGGCAGCAGGACGAGGCCGACUCUUUGGAAUUAUUCAACAACAUCGCCGCCCUCGUCCAGCUCGUCCGCUUCCAGAGGGAUACCCUUCAUACACAAUUCACCGCCGGCAAUGAAACCAUUGACAACCUCGAGGAGCGGAUAACCUGGCUCAAUCUCGACCUCAAUAUCGCCUGUGCUACCCCCGCCCCUACCGUCGCCAUCCCCGUUGCCACUGCUCCCCCACCUGCUACUGUCCCCGCCUUCAGGUCCGAAAAGUUUCCAGACCCCGAAAAAUUCGAUGCCACCCGUACCAAGCUCCCCAGAUUCAUCACCCAACUUCGAAUGAAACUUGAAGUCAACCAUGAUCGGUUCCGAGACGAGGCAGCAAAGGUUAUUUAUACCGUCAGUCGCUUGGAAGGAAGGGCCCUUGAUCAGGUCGUUCCACUCGUUAACGCUAACCCUGCCGCCCCCUUCUCCUCCGUCACUGCCUUCGUUGCCCACCUGGAAGCCUCGUUUGGAGAUCCAGACCCCCGGGGUACCGCCCGUCACCAACUCUCGCAAUUGCUCCGUAUUGUGGCAUACCUGGACUACAACGAAGGAGCCAAGAUCGAUGCCCUGGUCGAAGGACUAUCGGAAGACCUGAAGGACGCUAUGACCUACCGGACAGACAAGCCUAACACCGUCGAGGCCUAUGCCACCAUGUUGAUGACCAUUGACAAGCAGGUUCGGGGCCGUAAAGCUGAACAACGGGCCAUUCGGAAUACGAUGGAACAAUUUACCGCCCCCGCUGCUGUUGCACACCCAUCUCAUACCGCCGGAGGCCUCACCCCAAUGGACCUCUCCGCUCUCCAAAGCCGUCCCACUCAACGCCCUGCCAUCGAACAACGAUACACUUUUGUCAAUGGACAACGCAAAACCUCUGCCGCCGAAAAACAAUGGCGAAGGGACAACAAUCUCUGUAUGUACUGCGCUAACUCCGGUCAUAUCUUUGACAACUGCCCCUCUGCCAAUCGCCCGCGCGGUAACCAACCGGUUAUGAGAGGCACCCUCCUCGCACCCGGUCAUACGGCCAUCAAUCCCGCUGUUUCACCCCUCGCUAGUCCCGCCUCCUCCGAGUCGGGUUUUCAGUAG